AGCGCAGACUAAAUUAAUACAUGUGCAUUGGAAGAUGUUAAGAGUGGGUAGUCUGAAGUGUUCUAAUAACUUUCAUAGGAUAUUUCGGACGGCAAAAUGCACGUACCAUGCUGGUGGUGGUUGUUAUGGAUAUCGUCCGAAAAAGAAAAUUGUGUUUGGAGAUGAUGUAGAUAUAAUACACAACAGAAUCAAGUAUUCCAAUCUCUUCAGGCUAAUCACAGCAUACAGAAAACAUGGUCACCAAAAGGCCAACAUUAAUCCUCUUGAUACAGUAGCGAGAAGAAAUAAUGAAAGGAGUGAACUGACAGAGCUUAACCUAGAUCAUUAUGGACUUCACAAUGUUAACCUCAACUCAAAAGUGAAGUUAACUGGUCUUAUGCAUGUUGAUAAGCUAGAGGAGGCAACUUAUGGAGAUAUAUUAAAGCACUUGGAAAAAGCCUAUUGUGGUGCAUUAUCAGUGGAAUUAAGUCAUUUACAGAAUGAAAAAGAGAAGCUAUGGUUUGCAGACCUCGUUGAACAGAGCAUACACUGGGGUCUAGACAGUGUGAGACAAAAACAUUUAGCAAAACUUUUAUUAAGAUCCCAGGUAUUUGAUAAUUUUCUCGCUAAGAAGUUUCCAACGGUUAAAAGAUAUGGUGGUGAGGGAGCGGAAAGCAUGAUGGUAUUUUUUGAUGAGCUCUUUCUACAAGCUUCAAAGGGUGGUCUUGAACAAGUUGUUAUAGGAAUGCCGCACAGAGGAAGAUUAAAUUUAUUAACUGGUUUAAUGAAAUAUCCAAUUCGUAUGAUGUUCUCAAAGAUGAUGGGAAAUUCAGAGCUCCCUUCUAGCAGUAAAGCCUCUGGGGAUGUCCUUUCUCAUUUGUCAAAUUCUGUUGAUAUUGAACUUGGUGAAGAAUCUCCCUUGCACGUGACGAUGAUACCUAAUCCCUCUCAUUUAGAAGCUAAUAGCCCAGUUGCUAUAGGUAAAGCCAGGGGUAAACAAAUGACAUACAAAUGGAACGACUAUAGUGAGGAUGACACUAACCCCAAGGUUCUUUGUGUACUAGCCCAUGGAGACGCAUCAUUUAUUGGGCAGGGUAUUAUAUCAGAAACUCUUGGAAUGUCAAGUUUACCUCAUUAUGAUAUUGGUGGCACUAUUCAUUUCAUUGUUAACAACCAAUUAGGAUUCACAACACCCUCGCACCGAGGAAGGUCCUCGUUGUAUGCUAGUGACAUUGCAAAGAUGAUUGAUUGUCCUGUGUUACAUGUCAAUGGUGAUUACCCAGAGGAAGUUGCAAGAGCUUGUAAACUCGCUUUGGAAUAUAAGUUGGAAUUUAAAAAAGAUGUUCUGAUAGACCUAAACUGCUACAGACGAUGGGGACACAAUGAGCUAGAUGACCCUUCCUUUACUCAGCCAUCCAUGUAUUCCGUCAUUAGUGGACGUAAGAGUGUUCCUGACUCUUAUGCUGAGUAUCUAGAGGAACUAGGUGUUGUAACACAUGAUGUUCUCAAGGAGGAUGUGGCAGGUUAUAACACGAUACUCAACGACGAAUAUAAACAUAUUGAUGCUGUUGAGCCGGAACCUUUUCAUCUACAGAAACUAUGGUCUGGGAUGGUUGAAGCCAAUGAUAAUAAAGUUACAUCUUGGGAUACAGGUUUGAUGUUGGAGACUCUCAUGUACAUUGGUUCAAAGUCUGUUGAAUUACCGGGAGAUUUUAACGUUCAUCCGCACCUUAAGAAGACUCAGAUCGAUGCUCGACUAAAUAAGCUGAAAGAUGGAACUGCUAUUGAUUGGGCAACUGCUGAAGCAAUGGCAAUAGGAAGUUUAAUAUUUCAAGGCUUUAAUGUUCGUCUGAGUGGGCAAGACGUUGGGCGAGGCACAUUUAGUCACAGACAUGCUAUGUUUGUAGAUCAGAAAACAGACGAGAUAUACAUUCCUAUCAAUAACAUCAAAGAAAACCAAACUGGAUUCUUAGAGGUUUGCAAUAGUCAUUUAUCAGAAGAAGCCGUUUUGGGGUUCGAGUAUGGAAUGAGCAUCCAAAACCCAAACCAUCUUAUAAUUUGGGAAGCUCAGUUUGGAGAUUUCUUUAACGGUGCUCAAAUAAUAAUUGACACUUUUAUCUCGUCUGGGGAAACUAAAUGGCUGAUGCAAAGUGGACUGGUUAUGCUGUUACCUCAUGGAUAUGAUGGUGCUGGUCCAGAACACUCUUCUUGUCGUAUCGAAAGAUUUUUACAGUUGACUGAUAGUAAGGAGGACGCUAUGGAUGGUGAUAAUGUCAAUAUGCAUAUUGUGAACCCCACAACACCAGCACAGUACUUUCACCUUCUAAGACAACAGAUGCUUCGCAACUUCAGGAAAUCCCUUGUGGUGGUCGCUCCUAAAAUGCUUCUCAGAAUGCCGGCUGCGAUGUCUAACCUUAGUGAAAUGGGACCUGGAACUCAUUUCCUAUCUGUCCUGGGUGACCCAUCUGUAAAUGGAACGGAUGUUCGUCGUGUAGUGUUUUGUUCUGGUAAACACUAUUAUGCGUUGGCCAGAAGACGAGAUGAAUUGAAGGCGAAAGAUACGGCCAUUAUUAGACUCGAGGCACUUACUCCAUUUCCUGCUGAUGUCAUUAAAGACGAGCUGAAGAAAUACCCUGCAGCAAAAGAAUUUGUCUGGAGCCAAGAGGAGCACAGGAACAUGGGAGCUUGGACAUUCGUAGCACCAAGAUUCAAGAACAUACUUGGAAUUCAGCUUAACUAUGUUGGACGAAAAGUCCUCGCAGCACCCGCCGUUGGAAUAGGAAAACUUCAUUCUCAAGAGGCUGCUCAAGUUCUUCAAGAAACGUUUCCCAUCAAGUAACAUGGAACUAACAUUUUUAAAAUGUUUGUCGGUUUUCUUCUUCCGUCGUUUUUAGAUAAGGUUUUUAAUCAAUUCGUGUGCGUUCGGUGACCUAUUACUUUCUGGUCUAUUAGCGAUAGAGGGGAAAAGGAACGAAAAGGAACGGUUUUGAAAACCAAAACAAUACAAUAAUAAAUUAUUUGAGCCUAAUUUCAACAUUGCUUUUAUUCAUAUGGUUGACCUAUUAGUAUUCUAUGAAUCAGCUAAUGAGAAACAAUGUUAGUUACUAUAAUUUAAUAAAGAACAGUGACAAUGGACCUUUAUCACACGGCGGCCAUGUUUAUUCUUAUGAGAAUAAAAACCUUUGUUUCCCCAGCAUAAAUUAAUUCUCAAGCGCUUGAAUAUGAGGCUACGCGUGGUGGAAUCUAUUGUUCAAUCCAACAUGGCUGCCGCGUGAAUAAGGCCCAUCAAACGAGCUAAAAACAGGA